UGUGGGCGCCCCACGGAAAUGAGGACUUGCCCUGAGUGUAACGUCAACAUAGGUGGGUCAGGGCAUCAACUCACUCAAGGAAAUACAACAAUCCAGAGAAAUGACCGAACAAUGACGGGUCACGUGCUUGGCCAUGCUAAUACAAGGUCCAGAGGUGUUGCUCCUGAAAGGAACUUGUCGCCUGUACUUGUCGGCAUUACACGGAUUCUUAUGCACUGUGCCAUGAUUGAAGGAGCCCACCGGCAUCCACAGAAUAUUUCCAAUCUCAUCAAUCCCACAAUUCCACCGGCGGCGUUGACACGAUUUUUGUGGGAUCACCUGCGAUUGGACUUUGAAGUUCUCGCCAAAAGCCUGGGGAGGAGUGUGGACGAUACGGUGCUUUGUAUCCACAUGGUCCUGGCACAAAUGACUGCGCAUGUCAGUAGAACGCAACAGGCCGCAGAUUUUGCUUAUGACCUAAAAUCGAAGGAGUCUCGGAGAGGAUGGGAAGCAGCCUUCAGUGCCACUGUUGUUACUCCAGUUUUAACGAACCUUGAAGAGAAAAUUCAACAGCGCUUACAAAUGUUGGUUAGUGACAAGCGGCUCGGUAAUAAUCCCCUAAUGCGUCAGCUGUUCGAGAUAGACGUCCCUACUGAAGCUCUGAGUGGUGGUAUCCCUCCCACUUGCCCUGCCCUAUGGAGAUACCGGACUCAAGUGACUCUUGAUCACUUUGCGCACACAUUUCAACAAGAGGUAUUGUCCACCGAUCCUGAGAGGAACAAAGUAUUAGCGGAGUUUUUACGGCAGGAACACAGACUCCGCGCUCUCCAUUUUCUGCCGGACAUUAUAAAACUACAGCGUCUUCUGAUGGACAAAUUCCAUCGUCGAAUUGACAGAACUGAAGCAGAGCGCAUGAAGAUAAGAGAAUUCCUGCGGAAUAUUCCUUCAAAAACAGAGAAAGGUGAACUUGCGUCACUGAUAGAGAGCUUUAACGUCGCAUGGAACCUUGUGCGGCUUAGUCUCGAUCAGCAAGGGCGUCUACGUCCUCCAAAGGACUUGUGUGACCAGCCCAUGAAUAAUUCACGUCCAGUUGCUGUACUCCUUCCAAGUACCUCCGGCAUGGGUAUCUGUUCCACGGCUCUGGUUUUUUUCCUCACCACGCUUCACAACGAGUUCAACGAAAGAUAUCAAAACUUGAUUGGCGGGAAAGUCAAAGACCUGCCCCACAUACAGCUGCAAGACGUGACAAGGUCACAUCUGAUUUCAUACGACACCGAACGAGAUCUUCUACCCCUUGUCUUGGCGCAGUGUAAUUACUCUCUAGAGGUGGGUCGGGGAACAUUGGUUCAGUACAACUGGGAAGCCCUUGAAAGACAGCUGAUUGACAGGUUCAUAAGGGGAAGACCACUUAUUGAUUUCAAGGACGAGAGGUUUGCUUUCAGCAAAGACGCCCAGUUAGACUCGGUUUUCACUUCCGUGAAAAACAAGGUCCGGCCACAGGUUCCAUUGAGUUCAGCGGUAAGCAGUCAAAUUCUAGGCGAGUUUCGCUCACUGACAGACGUCUGUGACGUGCUUUCGUCGCUCGACAUUGCAAUCGGUUUCCUUUCCUCGACCGGUGGAUCACCUGAAAAGCCGCUAAAAGACUACCUUCAACAUGUACUACGCAUGCCUCAACAAAAUAGUCUUCGCAGUCUUAAGGCGCAGCAGUGUUGUCAGUUGCGACACGUUCUCUCCUUCUGGCGACUGUUGACAUUAGAGAGAGCAAGGAUUUUAAUGAGGCGGGGAGAGGAUCCGUUCGAACAGAUUCCAGACACGUACAAGCAGGUCAUGCCACAAAGACUAAUGAUGAAGUUUAGCAAUAGCAUGAGGAGGAUUGACUCGGAUCGAUUCGUGCCCGAGGUCUUAGAAUUAAUCUUACUUAACCUCAGGGGAGAGGCGGUACCAGGCGAAGAAGACAUGAGCUUGAAAGACUUUAUCGAAUGGCAUCUUGACAAUAAGGGACAUGAGCCAGUUACUGGACUGGACGAACUACCAACUGAUGUGAAGCUGAAGUACGUGAUCAACGCAUGGGGAACUUCUCUUGAACUGUGGGACAGCUAUCUGGACAAGAGGGAUGCUGCUUCAGCGUAAAACUGCUGCUAUGUGUUUUGUCCCAGAUUUUUUUUCCUCUUUGUUCAACGUCCCCAGACUUAACGUCACUUUUUCUCUUAAAUGGAACUUUCCUCCAGUAAUAUUUGAAGUUCACUUUUAGAUUUGAGCAUGAAAAAUGAAAUGAAACAACUUAGCGGCUGAAAUAACAUAAAAGUAUCCGAAGAGGGAGAUUGGUUAUUUUAUGAAACAACUAUUGUGGCAUCUUCUUUCAAUUGCUUCGUCUACGUUUAGACAUUUAGAAUAAUUUUGGCUUUAUACUUCUUAAAUUUUAGUUUUCAAUAGCACGAGUUGGCUUGCUUUAUUGAUUAUUAUGCGAUUCAAUCUGAUAAUGACUAUAGUCAUAUUUUUUCAACUUCUGUAGCUUAAUAUUAGCAUAGAAACGUUAGUUCCCACUAUAAGCGAGCAUUGCAAAAAAAUGUAGAAACGUAAAAUGUGUAUGUUGGUACAUGUUAUAAGUAUAGGUAAUAAAACUUUGUGCGCAUG